AUGGAAAACGUCCAGGAUCCCGAUGCCGUUUAUGAAAAGGCAGCCGAAUACUGGAAGCAAGCGUCGGCCGAUGUUGAUGGGAUGCUGGGCGGCUUUGCGCAUCUCCACGGUCCGGAUAUCCGAGAAUCCAAGGCGUUCAUCCAGUCGAUCCGGAAAAAGGGCUUUCUCAACGACAAUAGCUAUGCCAUCGAUUGCGGUGCGGGGAUCGGCCGCGUCACGAAACACUUGCUACUACCGCUUUUCAAAAAGGUUGACAUGGAAGACGUUGUCGACGAUCUGAUCACCAAGUCUCUCGACUACAUCGGAAACGAGCCUCGGAUUGGCGAAAAGUUCGUCGAAGGUCUCCAAACAUUCGCACCACCCCAAGGACGCUACGAUUUGAUCUGGAUCCAGUGGGUCAGCGGCCAUUUGACCGACGAAGAUUUUGUCAACUUCUUCAAGCGAUGCAAGGAAGGCCUACGGCCGGGCGGCUGCAUAGUACUCAAGGACAAUUUGACGAGCAGUGAGGCAACCGACUUCGAUGCGGAAGAUCAUUCGUGGACGCGGCCAGAAGAAAAGGUGCUGACUCUCUUCGAGCAGGCCAACCUGAAGAUGAUGCACUCGAAGACGCAGACCGGCUUCCCGUCCGGAAUGUACAAGGUGAAGAUGUUCGCCCUUCGA